UUAGUUGGUGCACAACUCACAAAAACCCUAAAAGGUUUACGUUCUUGGCAGAACACUAGAUUCCAGCCUGCCUCUGGAGGUGUUCGUCUAAUCGCCCUGUCAUGGAAGAAGCUCCUGGGGAGGUGGAAACGAAAGUUUCGGAGGAAGCACCUUCGUCGAACGGAAGCGAAGUUCAUUUAAAACCAGAGGAACUCGUCGCUAAAGCAAUAGCUCCAGUUAAGAGAGAAUUCCUUCGACCUCCACCUCUCAGGCCUUGCUCUAAUGAUGCUGUCAAUGGAGAACCAGUUGUAAACAAGAAGGUAGUCCCUUCGAACGUGGUAACAGGGAAGAAAUCAAGGAGGCAAUUGAAGAGGGAACGCCAACAGGAACGAAAAUCUGCAUCACAUAUCUGUCCUGAGGUAGCAAAGACUGGUAAUGUGAGCUCAUGUCGUUUUGGAGGUAAUUGCCGCUUCAGCCACGAUGUGGAAGCAUUCAAAGCUCAGAAGCCGGCUGAUCUAGAUGGAGAUUGCCCUUUCUCUGCCCUUGAAGGGCCAUGUCCUUAUGGAUUGGCCUGUAGAUUCUCAAGUACGCAUAAGGAUGGCUUUCCUGCGGACUCACUGAAUGCACAGAAGAAAAGUUCUGAAAUAAAUGGGCUGAGCAAAGAUCUUCAGAAACUUUUGUGGAAAAACAAAGUCAACUUCCCCAUGGCAGAUGCACAGCUCAAACUCCUCGGUCUUCUGGGGAAUGGCAAUGCUAAGAAAAAAAAUCUGGAACCACACAAGGAGGAAGGUGAUCAAGCUGUUCUUAAUGGGUCUCAUAUUGGUGAAAAUAAUGAUGGCGAAAUAGCUUAUGAUUCUGUUGAAAAAGUAGAUUGCCCUCAAAGAGCUAAGGAGGUGGAGGACCAUGUGGGGGAUUCAAUUGCACUUGAUCUGCGGCCAUCAAAGAAAGCUAAAACUCCACUCAUUGAAAAAUGUUGCUCCAGUGAAGUAGAAAGUAGUGGCUUGAAUCUCCAGGAAAAAGAAUUUGAGAGAAGCCUCAUACAGGCCGAAUUAGAAACCACACCUUCUGAUAAUUGUCUUGCAGAAACUGAUAUGUGCUUGAAAGCACAUCCACGUGAAAAGAAACUUAUUGAUUUCAGAGGAAAGCUGUAUCUUGCACCUCUAACCACUGUUGGGAACCUUCCUUUCAGAAGGGUCUGCAAGAUGUUAGGGGCAGAUAUAACAUGUGGGGAAAUGGCUAUGUGUACAAAUCUCCUGCAGGGUCAAGCUUCAGAAUGGGCAUUGUUGAGGCGACAUUCUUCUGAGGAUCUAUUUGGUGUACAAAUAUGUGGGGCAUACCCAGACACUGUAGCACGUACUGUUGAACUCAUCAAUCGUGAAUGUACUGUUGAUUUUAUUGACAUAAAUAUGGGGUGCCCUAUUGAUAUUGUUGUUAACAAGGGUGCUGGAUCUGCUCUUCUUACAAAACCUUUGAGGAUGAAGAAUGUUAUACAAGCUACUUCUGGCACAGUGGACAAACCUAUAACUGUAAAGGUCCGGACAGGUUAUUUUGAAGGGAGAAAUCGCAUUGAUUCAUUAAUAGCAGAUAUUGGCAAUUGGGGUGCCGCUGCAAUAACAAUUCAUGGUCGCUCACGUCAGCAACGCUAUAGCAAGCUUGCUGAUUGGGAUUAUAUAUACCAAUGUGCAAGAAAGGCCCCUGAUGUUUUGCAUGUUUUGGGAAAUGGAGAUGUAUUUUCAUACUUGGACUGGAACAAGCACAUAUCCGAUUGUGCUGAACUUUCAACAUGUAUAGUUGCUCGAGGAUCACUUAUUAAGCCCUGGAUAUUUACUGAAAUCAAGGAACAGAGACAUUGGGACAUCAGUUCUGGUGAGCGAUUGGAUAUUUUAAGGGAUUUUAUACAUUUUGGCCUGGAGCAUUGGGGUUCUGACACCAAAGGUGUGGAGACGACAAGGCAUUUCUUGCUAGAAUGGCUUAGCUAUACAUGUAGAUACAUUCCUGUUGGCCUGUUAGAUAUUAUUCCUCAGCGACUAAACUGGAGGCCUCCCAGCUACUUUGGUCGCAAUGACCUCGAGACCUUAAUGGCCUCUGAUUCUGCAGCUGACUGGAUUCGGAUCUCUGAGAUGUUGCUCGGCAAGGUUCCAUCUGGCUUCACAUUCGCUCCAAAACAUAAAUCUAAUGCUUAUGACCGAGCAGAAAAUGGUUAACUUUUUAUGCAAAUUCGCCAAGUAAAUAAGUGGAUUUGAAAAUGGUGUUUAGGUGCACCUCACUUGUCAUUUCCCUAGCUUACGGCUUUGUGCCAGUCUGGUCUUUUUAGCUUCAGGCGUUUCAGCUACAUUUAUGGUUGUGAUGCUUGAAAAAGAUGAAUGCCUGCUGCCCAGUAUGGUGCUAAGCUGAUACGUAUUAUGCGGGGUGAGAAAUUGAAAAUACAAUACUGAUGGAAUAUGUUGUCAUUGUAUUUUAAAAUGUUUAAGCAGUCUAGGGAUUCUACCUUAGAACAAUAGUAGUAGUAAACUAAUUGAGAAAAAUAAUGCAGAAAAUAGAUCAGCCUAUUUAUGAAUAAUCAACUGUUACUUGUCCAUUCUCAAAUAAGUGCUAGUCUUGUAUAUUAUCUUCCAGCACGAGUGCUUGUGAUCUCGUAUAUUUUGAUUUAACAUGUGCUAAUGCUUAAACCUGAUUUUUUGGUCUGAA